CAUCUUGCAGCUACUAAAAAAGAUCUUCUUCAUAGUUCUUCCCCCAAAGAACAUUUAAUCCUUAAUCGAUCUUAUCCCGAUCUCGAUCUCGAUCUCGAUCUCAUCGACACCUAAAACAGUAGGAGAAGACAUGGACCAGAAUCCAAUUCAAACCGAUCAAUCACAGUCGACCAAAUCAACCGAUCAUCACCCACCUUCUUCUCACUCCGCCGAUUACGCUCCGUAUCCAACGCUCGAUCGCAACGAACUCGUUUCUCCUGCAGAAAAUUGGACUAGUGUUCCAGUCGCUUCCCCGCAUCCUCCAGCUUCCGUUGACCUUCCUUCUAUCAAUCCAAGGUCGUCAUCGCCACCACGAGGACCAGACGCAGUGCCGGAGAACUCUGCCACUACUAUGCCGUCGGAAUCUAACCCUUAUAUUACUCCUUCUCCGGUUCCGGCAUCUUCCAUGAAAAAUACAAUGGAUUCCGUCAAGGAAGUGCUGGGGAAAUGGGGAAAGAAGGCAACAGAAGCAACUAAGAAGGCUGAGGAUCUUGCUGAGAAUAUGUGGCAGCACCUGAAAACAGGUCCAAGUAUAGCUGAUGCUGCCUUAGGAAGGAUUGCUCAGGGAACAAAAGUCCUUGCCGAAGGAGGUUAUGAGAAGGUUUUCCGACAGUCCUUCGACACUGUUCCUGAAGAGCAACUCUUAAAGUCAUUUGCAUGCUACCUAUCAACAUCUGCUGGUCCUGUUAUGGGCGCAUUGUACUUAUCUACUGCAAAGCUGGCAUUCUGCAGUGAUGUCCCUCUAUCUUAUAAAGCUGGAGAAGAAACAAGUUGGAGUUACUACAAGGUGGUCAUACCAUUGCACCAACUUAAAGCUGUUAAUCCGACCUCAAGCAAAAUCAACCAAGCUGAAAAGUAUAUCCAGAUCAUAUCUGUGGACAAUCACGAGUUUUGGUUCAUGGGAUUUGUGCAAUACAACAAUGCGGUAAAUACUCUGAAGGGCGUUUUAGAAGCGCAUAGUUAAUCAUCCUGCUGUAUCGACUCUAAGUCUGUUCAAACUAUUGAUUUAUAAAUGAUUCUAUAGGUAUUUGUGUAACAUUAUGGUGUAUGGAAACAGGUUUAAUUGCUGUCCUAUCUUGAUUUCUGUAUUCUUAUUCAUUUUAUGUGAAUUAUCACUAUCUGUAAUUGGUGCAUUUUAUUUAUUGUCAACAUAUUUCCUUAUAUAUUUAAUAUAUUGAUUGUAUUC